AUCACAAUAACUAAGAUUAGCUCUGAUUCUCACCUGUUUCUCAGUCUUUUCUGCAGUGAUUGAGACUGUAUCAUGGCCUUUAUGUUCAUCCAUGGUACACAGAUAACAGAUACACUGCUGAUCGGUCCUGCAGAAAAUCUCCAUCAGUUUGUCAUGAUGAGAGCAGAUAUUGUCCUGUAAUUGUGUGGUGGCUUUGACCAGCUUGUGCUUCAUCAAUGGAGCUACAUUAUAGUGAGGCUGGAGAUGAGUCUCGCAGUAAGAGGCUAGACACACCAGACAUGACUUGAGAGCUUUCUGCUUUCUCCCAUUGCAGAAAUCACAUUCCACAUCUCCAGGUCCAGCAAAGCACAGAGCAGGAGAAGUAGCCUGGAGCCCUGUCUUCUUCAUGUUCCCGACCACCAUGGCUAGCAGGCUAUUCUUCAUCAGAGCAGGCCUUGGGGAGAAGGUAUGUCUACACUGGGGACAGCUGUAGACACCCGUUGGGUCAUCCUUAUCCCAGGAGUCCUCAAUACAGUUGCUACAGUAACUGUGUCCACAGUUGAUAGUGACCGGCUCUUUCAGUAAAUCCAGGCAGAUAGAGCAGCAGAACUGGCCCUGGUCCAGGAGAACUCCCUGCUCAGCCAUUUCACCGAUCACUCACAAAGACACACCCCGGCAGUAAUGCUACAUACAAACAAAACGUGAAUUAAUCUAAACAGCUAGACGAUUAAAAUAUAUCCCAGCCACCUAGUUGAACUAGUCUAAUUCCAAUUCAAUAAUACACAUUUUACUAGUCGUGAUUAUCAAUUCAAGAUAUGACAAUUCAAAUGUGGUUCUUAUUGUUGAAUCGACUAGCAGCGAAGGAUCAAUCCGAGAUCUGUAGGGGACAAAAUUAUGCGCAACACAGGAAGUAUGCAGAUCAGCAUCCGGCUAAUUCUUUUCUUCUUGAAAUAUUUGGCGGUUUGAAGAAGACAUUCAUCGAAGUUGGCAUGCGUAAUGUCGAGUAACUACAUAUGUAUGGUGUACAUGCUUCAUUUUUUUACGGCAAUUGUAUUUGUAUCAUUUGUUGAAAUUCGACGACGGUAACGUUAGUUACUAUCGCUAGCUAUGUUCGCUUUCUGCCCAACUAACUAGACAAUUUAGUUAGCUACCGUUAAUUUAGUUGCAUCGUAUGUUUCAGUCUUCUGCUAGCUAGCAGUUAGAUCACUUUUAGAUCUCAGAACUGUCAGCUUGCUGGAAGAAUGUCGACUCUUCAGAGAACGAACGGUAAAUAUCUGUGGUGGUCUCUUGUGGGUCUUGGAUUUCAACCCGAAGUCGCAGCAUCAUCAGGAGCCAGCAAAGCCAAUGUUAAACACAUCAUUCUUGGACCCAAUAUGUUUGACAAACCAAACAAGGACGCAUUCUACAUAGUUACCCAUUUCCUGUUAGAAAAACUCAACCCCGCACGCUUCCACGAUGCAUACAGGCAUUGCUGGCCAGUGUUGGACCACAAAGCAGAUGCCGAAUUCCGUAAGGUGACCUGUGCUUGGCUGCGAGAUCUAAUGGAUGAGCAGGGGAGCACAGUUCCCAAAGUGGUGGCGUCACUAUUCCUCUCGCCUGGUGGACCCAAGUUCAUCAACCUUAUGCUCCAUCUAGCCAAUCAUGUCAUGUUGCAUGAUAUGAAGACAUUUUCAACAGAUGGCACGUGGGUCCCAGAGGCAGCGGCAGCCCCUGCCUCUUCUGUGGAAAUGGCGCUGAAGCGGUUUCAGCUGGUCAAGACCAGAUUCCUGAGAGGAGCUGUGGAACAGGACCUGAUGCUGCAGGAGUACCAGAGACAGGCCCAGUCUCGAGUGAAGUCUUUGAGAUAUUGGAGAGCUGAAGACGCAAAGUAUGAUGAUUUGCAUAAGCGUCACAAGAAAGUUGAACAGGAGGGAACCCCUCAAGCUGACAAGAUUCAGAAGGUGCGCUCCUUGUGGUCGUCCAUGGACGGAGUGCUGUCCACUCUGGAGGAGGAGCGGCGGGUGGUGGAGAGUGUCAUCAGGGGAGAUGUGGACCAGUACACCCUGGACGGGACGGACCUUGCCCUCAAAAUCCCCUGUGUUCUGCUAGAGCGGAUAGAGCAGUUAUCCCACCUGUCGAGUGUGGGCAGUGUUUACGAGGCAGGACAGCUGAACAUCCUCCGUAUGCUGGAGCUGCUCCAUCAGGCUCUGGUUCUCCUAGGGGCGGAAAGGACCCGGGUGGCAGGACACACCCCCAUUGCCCAGCUCCACCCCUUGCACCUGCAGGAGAGGAACCUACAGAUGGCCCGUGCCAUGGAGGAUCUCCGAGUCAUGAGGAAGAGGAUUUCAAAGGAAGAAAUUCCCGAGGUGAAGAGCCUCAUCAGAAAGUUGGAGGCAGAGUGGGACCGGAAGUGGGCGGACUGUUUGAAACGCACGCCGCUGACCUCGUUCCUCAACGAGGAUCCUGCCCUGGACUUUCUGUUCCCCAUGGCACCUCUGUCCUUUGAGCCGGCCACCGACGCCAGCUUCAAAUCCAGCAUCUUCUCUCAGUAUCCGGCCAAUCUACCCGAAUUUCCUGAGGAGAAGCCUGUGGCGACUGACUCUGUUCCAAUGGAGACCGUUACCACAAUGGAUUAUACCCUCAAAAGCCUCUACCCUCCAGCUGUUGAGAUGAUUGCAUCUCUUCCUAGUGUGGCCAUUUUCCCACUGACUCCCCUCCCUGCACUUUGUGAAUCUCCUCUGGCUGUCCCUGCCAAAGCUCCCUCACCAAGCCACCUGCCGGCCAGUGUAAGGAAGACUCCUCAUGUGUCUGCAGUGAAGAAAAAGGCUCAGAUCCUUGACUCUGAGUUGGACAACUUAGCAAAUCGGUUUGCGGAGGCUGUGACCCCCAGCCCUGGCAACAUAAGUUUACGAGGACUUGAGCUGGGAGACAUACUCGAUACUCUUGGCGAAGACCCUUUCUCCACCAGGAAGCAGAUUCCACGCACCCCAGAGAGUUUGAUUUUGGAUGUGAAGAGUUCCUGGCGAAGGGCGGUGGAGGAAGAGGCUCAGAAGGCCUGCCUGUCUGCUACAUUUGACUGCGACAACAUCCGUGGGUGCCUCAUGCCCCUCAGCGAGGUACAUGAGGCCUCCCUUGGCCACGACUUUUCCUCCCUGAGCACAAGCCUGGAUCCCACCAAUGGGUGCAGUACUGCAGCCCCCCAGCAGGCUUCCCUCAUGUCCACCCUGUCCUGGGACUCCAACAUGGAAGCCCUCAAUAGCCUGAGCAACAACAACGUGGUCCAGUUCAGCAUCAACCAAGAGGUGUUCCCAGAGCAGUACAGUAUAGAUCAGGAGACACUUCCUGAGCUGCCGGGCAACGACAGCAGCCUCCUGACCUCCAUUAACUCCAGGGAUAUAUCCAACACUGAGGAGGAAGAGCUGCUCCUCCCCCACAUCCCCUAUCUCCUCCCCACAGAGACUGAGCCAGCCCUGCUGGAUGCACGCAGGCGUUUGGACAAGAUCCAGCAGGCUUUUGGAGAGGCCUCCUUCAUGGACCACCGCCAGGGGGCGCCAGAGCCCUCUCUCUCACAGCAUGACAAGAGGAGCCUGGACGCCAGAGACUGGCUGAUGGCAGCAACACCGGAGACCUCAGCCACAGUGGAAGUGACGGACAAGGUCUUUUCCCUGGAUCUGGACACUCUAGAGAGCCCCUCACCGCCAAGAACAGGGCAGUAUAACCUCCCGCAAUUGUUCACAUUCUCCCCCAUAGAUGACCUGUAGUGUCUCCACAUUUAUAUAUUUUCUGAGCAGUCUUCUAGUUUCUUACUUUUUCACAAUUAAAGCUAACUAAUUUCAAUGCACAUGCAAUUAAAAUAUUUGUACAUAUGUGUGCCAAUCUAACAUGGUCUGAAACUAGCAUGGAAACAAGUUUUAAAUAUUUUUUUUAUGUCUAAGAUGACAUAUGAUGGGUGAGAAUAAACAAACAUGAAUUGUAUAUUGUUAAAUGAAUUAAAUUGGUAACAAUGUCAA